AUGAGUUUUCUGUGGGAAAGUCUCAAGGCGACGGCCCAGACGGUGGGUACCGCGGCGGGAACGGCGUCCCUCAAGACCAAACUCAAGACCGAAGUGUUGUUGCUGGACCGCGAACGCACCGCUCGUCAACAAGCCUUUGGCGUCGAACUGUACGACCACGUGUCUCCGUUGACCAAAUCGGCAGAUUUCUUCGCGUCGGACGACACCUUGACGCGGACCAUUCGUCCGCCGCUGUUGCGGGCACAACGCGAAAUCGCCGCGCUCGUCCUCAAGGCGCGGCGGACACAGGAGGGACUGCAGCAAGCGGCGGUGGACCGUGCCGCGGCCUUUCCCACACCCGCCGUCACGUGGCAAGCCAAAGUCGUCAAUGCGGGAAAGUCCACCGCCAUGGCGGGGACUGAAGCCAAACUUAAAACCGAACUCGCCGUCCGACACGUGGAAAUGCAAGGGCACAAACAGCAGUUUGGAGUGGAACUGUACAGCAUAUUCGCGCAUUUGGAAGAUACGCAGGGAUGGAUUCCCACCAAUCGGGAUAUUCGGUCUAUUUAUGACGGCGCCCGCAAAGAUAUGGAGAAAAUACAGGAACGGAAACAAGUCAAAAUUGAUGCCUUGGAGGAACUCGGGGACACGUCCUACCGAGACGACGCGUCGACGCCCGUCGCCUCGGUCGCGGUGACGGACGAUCAGUUGGCGCCGAAUUUCACAUCGUCAUCGUCGUCUCCCAACGCAAACCCCUCCUCCGCUCCUCCACUCAAUACGACCCCUUACGCGACACCGGUGGUGUCCCACAGUAGUAUUCCAUCGACAACAACGUUCGAACCGACACUGACGGACGGGGACUACGGCACAACCGUCACGGGGCCUCCGUACGGUGCCACGUCCAACGAUCCCUUUGCGUCCGCGAUAAGCGAUUUUCCCACCGCGACUGCCAACCACUCGAAUGGAUCGGGACAGGUCGCACCCAGCCACAACAGUGGCUUGUUUGGCUAUCCGUCCGCGGAACAAUUCACCACCCCACAGACAUUGUCUCGUGCUCCGGUACACGAUCCUUUUGCCAAUACACCGUCGAUUGCCCAAACAUCACAAUCCCUACACGAUCCUUUUGCUCCGAAUACCGCUUCUAACGACGUACUCACCGCUGCCCCCGUUGGCCUGUCGAACCAGUUUGGUACACUGGCGCACGACAAUGUCGACCCGUUUGCUCAUUUGGGAUGA